AUGUCGACGUCAAAUCUAAUAGCGGUGUUCAGAAAGUUCCCGAGGGAGCUGUUCCGAGUGAACAACGGGCCCCUCGUCAAGGUGCGCGUCUGGACACCCGAGCGAGAAAAGUACGACAUCUUUGCAGAGAAAAACCUCGUUCAUCCGAAGGCUCUCAACCCGUCGACGUAUAAAGCUCCCAACGGUGCAUCGAUGCGCCCGAACUCGCCGUACCAGCAAUUCCUGGUCUCGCGCCGGUACCGCGGACUUGAUACCAUCGUGUAUUCUGUCCCUGCAGGAACCAAACUCCCCGAGGACCUUGUGCUGGUCCACGAGCGAUGGGACCAUUACUCCCUGCAGCCGGCGGUAGUGAUGAACGUCACCGAGCUAGAUGAGAAGAUUACGAGGUUUCUUCUGGUUCAUGCGAAAGUAUUCACGAGGAGGCAGUGGCUCGAGGCGUACCCGGAGGCUACUGAAGCAUGA